AUGAUCUGGGGCAGCGCGCCUUAUAUCGGUCUCAUCGUUUCGCUCGCUACCCAGUUUGGGCCACCAGGUGUUCCCGCGUCGCAGAUGUAUUGCCCCAUCACAGCUGUCAUGCUAUUGUAUCUUGACAAAGCUGCGACCGCUCUCGGCAAGGCCGCCGAACCAAGUUUUGACAACACUGGAAUUCAACAUCAUGCAGUCCACUUCGCGCUUGCUUUCUUCGUUCUGUCGGAGCUGGAGUACCGUCGGCAAUAUAUUGUGGCGAAAGGCAUGGAGCACUUUCGUAACUACCCAUUGGACUUGUUGCUUGCCGACAUUGAUCUCACCUUCAAUGUCUCUCGCCAUCCAAGUGUAUACUGUUAUGCGACAUCUUACACCAAAACGGGUGGAUUUAAAGGAGGGCCCUGA